AAGCGUUAACCUAUCGGUUCAUCUGGGCUUUUACUCCUGUCAAAAAAUGAGAAAAUUACCCCUGUACUGAUUUGAAGGGUGUAUUAUUGCAGAAAUAAGUGAAAACAGGCUUUAAGAAACCAUGACUGUAACCACAGUACAAAGACUAGAUGAUUUAAUCCAAUCUGUUAGUUUAUACACCCGUAAAAGCACCCUUCUACAUUUUUAUAUAUUUCCAUUUUUAAUAUUUUAUUUCCUUUGGAUUUAUUUUUGGAUAGGUGUUCUUGGUUUGUUUGAAUUUUAUGAAGGAGGAUUAAUUAUACUUGCUGGUAUAGGUUGUGCACAAAUCUUGUGCGUUUUGGCUUGUUACUGGUCAGUUCAUGUAAAUUGUUUUUUUACUUGCAAUAAGGAAUUAGAUUCUCGUACUGCUACUAUUGUCAAAGUAGUUCCAACAUUGAAUAAUGGAAGUUCCGAGUUAGUGAAGCUUCAACAUUCAAAGGAAGAUGAUGAAUCAAAAACAUGGUUCAUUUUCCAGAAAACCAAAUAUGUAUGGGAUUCUGAUAAGAAAACAUUCAGAGGUAUUGAUUUUCCUAUUCACAAAACAUUCAAGGAAUAUUUAUCAAGUAAAGGUUAUCAAGAAGAAUUUGAUAUACAGAAAGCAAUUCAACAAUAUGGAAAAAAUGAAUUAGAUAUGGUUGUACCUGAAUUCUCUGAAUUAUUCAUAGAAAGGGCUACUGCUCCUUUCUUUGUGUUUCAAGUGUUUUGUGUGGCACUUUGGUGUUUGGAUAAAUAUUGGUAUUACUCAAUUUUUACCCUCAUCAUGCUUAUACUUUUUGAGUGUACUUUGGUACAACAACAAUUGAGAAAUAUGUCUGAAAUUCGAAAAAUGGGGAAUAAACCCUAUAAUAUUAUGACUUAUAGAAAUCGAAAAUGGAGGCUGAUCCCUACUAAUGAAUUGGUACCAGGGGAUAUAAUUUCUAUAACUAGAACAGCUAAGGAUAAUCUUAUUCCAUGUGAUGUACUCCUUUUAAGAGGUUCUUGUAUUAUUGAUGAGAGUAUGUUGACAGGAGAGUCAGUACCGCAAAUGAAGGAAGCAAUAGAAUUUUUUGAUCAAGAAAAAGUGCUAGAUCCUGAUACUGAUAAUAAAUUACAUGUCCUUUUUGGUGGCACAAGAACAGUACAACAUACCCCACCCUCAAAGUCUACCAGCGGUCUUAGAGCUCAAGAUAAUGGUUGUGUCGCAUAUGUUCUACGAACAGGAUUUAAUACUUCACAAGGGAAGCUGUUGAGAACAAUAUUAUUCGGCGUUAAGAGAGUUACAGCCAAUAAUAAAGAAACUUUUGGUUUCAUAAUGUUUUUAUUAGUUUUUGCAGUUGCUGCCGCAUGUUAUGUGUGGCAGAAGGGCAUCGAAGAUCCAGAGAGAAAUAGAUAUAAAUUGUUUUUGGAGUGCACACUCAUUCUCACCUCUGUCAUUCCACCUGAGCUACCAAUCGAAUUGUCUUUGGCAGUCAAUACAUCACUUUUAGCAUUAGCGAAACUUGGGGUCUUCUGCACAGAGCCAUUUAGAAUCCCAUUCGCAGGAAAAAUUGACAUUUGUUGCUUCGAUAAAACUGGUACUUUGACUAGUGAUGAUUUGAUAGUUGAAGGUGUAGCUUUGGCAGAAAAAGACUCAUCUGUUACUGCCUUAUCUAAUGCUCCAAAUGAUACAAUACAAGUUUUGGCAUCAUGCCAUUCCUUAGCCCAGCUUGAUGAUGGUAUGGUCGGUGAUCCCUUAGAAAAAGCUACCUUAUUGGCUAUAGAUUGGAAUCUGACAAAAUCUGAUGUUGUGAUUCCCAAGAGAGGAAAACAUGCUGUUUUGAAAAUAUUCAAUAGGUUUCACUUUUCCUCAAGUUUGAAAAGAAUGUCUGUUAUUGCAGGAUACACCCCCUCCGGCUCUACAGAAACAAUUUAUAUCUCUAGUGUGAAAGGUGCUCCAGAAACGUUGAGACCUAUGUUCAAAUCUGUUCCAGAAAAAUAUGAUGAGGUGUAUCUAGAGUUGUCUCGAAGAGGUGCAAGAGUGCUUGCCUUGGGCACAAAGGAACUUGGUAAACUGUCAUCGCAAGAGCUUAGGGAAAUCAGUAGAGACGAUGUGGAAAAAGAUCUCACAUUUGCCGGAUUUGUUAUAAUUUCCUGCCCUUUGAAGGCGGAUUCCAAAGCUGUAAUAAGAGAAUUGCAAAACGCUUCACACAGAGUCGUGAUGAUAACUGGGGAUAAUCCUUUGACAGCUUGUCAUGUGUCCAAAGAACUGAAAUUCUCCAAUAAGCCCCUCCUGAAUCUUGUGAAAAAGGACGAUUGGGAAUGGGAACCUAUAGACCAAGAUGUUAAAUUUCCAUUAGAAUAUGACUAUAAAACAUUAACUAGGGAUUACGAUCUUUGCAUCACAGGUGAUGCAUUAACAUACCUAAAUGUGAACUUUCCGGCAUUCCUCAAACUGAUUUUACCUCAUAUCACUGUAUUUGCUCGUUUUGCUCCGAAACAGAAAGAGUUUGUAGUUGUCGGAUUGAAAAAUCUUGGUUAUGUGACCCUGAUGUGCGGAGAUGGAACAAAUGAUGUGGGUGCUUUGAAACAUGCCGAUUGUGGUGUAGCCAUACUCUCAAAUGCACCAGAAAAGAUGGCCGAGCCUAGGGAUCCAAAAGAAAAAGACAAAAAGCUCAAAGAAAACUCGCAUUUACCUGUACGAAAUAGGCUUUCCAAAAGAGAAGAGCAGAAAGAGAAAUUGCAGCAGAAUAUUAAUAGAAUGUUGAAAGAAAUCGAAGAACAAGAUGGUCCACAAAUAGUCAAAUUGGGUGAUGCAAGUAUUGCAUCUCCGUUCACUAGUAGAUUGUCAUCGAUUAUGUGUGUGUGCCAUAUUAUCAAACAAGGAAGAUGCACUUUGGUCACGACUUUACAAAUGUUUAAGAUUUUGGCCCUUAAUGCGUUAAUCUUGGCCUAUACCCAAUCAGUAUUAUAUUUGGAUGGUAUCAAACUCAGGGAUAUGCAAGCUACAUUGCAGGGAUUGUUACUAGCAGCGUGUUUUCUAUUUAUUUCAAGAUCCAAGCCUUUGAAAAGCCUUUCGAAGCAAAGACCACUACCGAAUAUUUUUAACCUUUAUACAAUAAUGACAGUCUUGUUGCAGUUCUCCGUUCAUUUCUUGUGUCUUAUUUACCUGGUUCAACAGGCUAAGCUGAAUAAUCCUGUAGUUGAAACUGAAGAAAUGAAGAAAAUGACUGAAGAGGAAAGAGAUGAAUUGUUUGAACCAAAUAUUGUGAAUAGUACUGUCUAUAUAAUCUCAAUGGCGUUGCAAAUAGCUACGUUUGCCAUAAAUUAUAGGGGCAACCCUUAUAUGGAGAGUAUAAGACAGAACAAGGCUCUUCUAUACAGUAUUCUUGGUUCAGGAGGUGUUGUGUUAGCUCUUACACUUGGUAUUUUACCGGAAUUAUCUGCUCAGUUUGAAAUCAUUGAUUUUCCUCCAGAUUUCCGAAUUAUUCUCCUACAAGUUCUUUUCGCCGACUUCUUUUUCUCAUAUCUGGUGGACCGAGUUUGCCUAUGGGUGUGUGGUGAAGGCUAAAUUUCAUUGAUAUUUAUAUAUGUUGUGGCUCGAACAGUGAAAAUAAGUUGAUUGGAUUUCUUUAGUCCAAGCAAAGUCUGUUGUGAAUUUCAUUCCACUCAGUUGUGAAUUAUUUACUUUUUCAGUUCCCAAAAAUAAUGUAAUUAAUAUUCACAAUAUUUUUGUACAUUUACUUUAGAGUUCCAUAAAUCAUGUAAAUGUAA